AUGAGCCACUUGAUUAAAAGUGUGGCUGAUGAACGAGGUAUUCACUCAGUCAUUGACCUUGGCUCGGGUCAAGGGUAUCUCUCACGAGCACUGGCGUUUGAUCAAGGGCUUGAAGUAUUAGCAGUGGACAUGUGUGAGAUUCAAACCACUGGCGCUAAAAAGUACGAUCAAAAAGCCCUCAAGUGGUUAAAAGAACAAGACAACCAUCCCAAUCUAAAGCAUGUGACGGAAAAAAUCACUCCAGAGAACCUAGCACAAGUCUUGGCUCGCUGGAGUCCUGAUUCUCCCGAAGAGAAACGUUGGUUGGUUACAGGCUUACAUACCUGUGGAGAUUUGUCGCCCAUGAUCUUUAAUUUGUUUGCACAAAGUGAACAAGUGGCGUGUGUGGUGAAUGUAGGAUGUUGUUAUAAUGCAUUGACAAAGGAAGGGUUUCCCAUGAGCACCUAUUUAAAGGAAAAAGAAGAUCUGAUUAAAGUGGGAUCAACGGCCAAAGUGUUGUCCUGUCAUACGCCAUCACGAUGGUUGGAAGAAGGAGAGCAAUGCAUCAAGGCCUUUGACAAUUAUUACUUUCGAGCCUUACUUCAGGAAAUGUUGGUGGAGAGAGGAUUGUCUGAUAUCAAUGAUCCUCCUCGUUUGGGUAGAAUCAAGCAAAAUAAGGAAUUUGUACCGUUUGUGAAAGCGUCCCUAAGACGAUUGAAAUUAGGAGAGGAUACGAUUACAGCCGAAGAAGCCGAGAUGCAUUAUGAAAAGAGUCGAGCAAAGGGAGUGGAUCGACAGUUUGUGACGCUUUGGAUAUUGCGUGGGUUGUUGGCACCUAUUGUAGAGAGUAUUAUCUUGGUGGAUCGAUGGAUAUAUUUACGUGAUUGCAUUGAAAAGAGUCAAGAUGAAUACAAGGGCGCAUGGAUGUAUCCAUUAUUUGACUUGGAUGCUUCACCACGAAAUGUAGUAUACAUUGGAUCAAAGUAA